UUUUCCCGGCAAAAAUUCUCGGCUUUCUUGCAGGUACCGAAACUUUCAGUUUUGGUGCCGAAAUUUCGGAAAUGGCGGUUCGUCUCUCUUAUGCUCCAUGCCCGAGUGGUUUAACUGCUCUGCGAACUCAAAGAAGGCCUCCGUGUUGCUCUUUGGCUAUGAAUGGCUCGAAAGCUUCAGGUUCCGAUUGUAAAUUUCCGGUGGAUUUUUGCCGGACUCUUACUUCUCCGGCAGUUUCUUCGCCGGAAAAUGCAUUGUUGGAGAUGAAUAAGGCAAUUUCAGAGCUUGAAUCAAAUCCUCCAUCUCAAAAUUCAGGCAUUAUCCGGUUAGAGGUUCCAAUUCAACAAGAGAUACAAGCUAUUGGCUGGCUCCAUUCUCAAUGUCUCCUUUCUUCUUGUUACUUUUCCAGUAGGAAUCAAAGGAGUUCUAAUGGUGGAUCAGAUCUCUUUUAUGUAAACAAUGAAGAAUUUGAAUCUGAGAAAAGUAUUGUGAGCAUUGCGGGGAUAGGGUCUGCUGUUUUCUUUCAGCAAUCCAGUCCAUUUGCUUUUGAAGAUUGGAGGUGCAUAAAGAGGUUCCUUUCUAAGGAUUGCCCUUUCAUUAGAGCAUAUGGAGCUAUACGAUUUGAUUCAAUGAAAGACAUGUCUUUUGAGUGGCGAAGUUUUGGUUCGUACUAUUUUGUCAUUCCUCAGGUUGAGCUUGAUGAGCUCCAAGGAAGUUCAAUGCUUGCCACAAAUAUUGCUUGGGACAACACUCUUCGAUGGCCAUGGGGAAAAGCUAUAGAUUCGCUUCAUAAAACGAUGAGUAAGAUCUCAUCUAAUGUCACAAAAUUCCAAGGCAAAGUUUCCAGAACAAAUGUUCUUAGUAAAAACCAUAUGCCAGACAAGGCAUCUUGGAAUGUCGCUGUAAGGAAAGCUCUAAAGAUGAUAAAUGAGGGCUCUAAAGGCUCUGGCAUACUUAAGGUUGUGUUGGCACGAAGUAGUAGAAUUGUCACAGAUGCUGAUAUUGACCCUAUAGCAUUGUUAGCUAGCCUACAGGGAGAAGGCGAAAAUGCAUACCAAUUUUUUAUUCGACCUCACAACUCACCAGCAUUCAUUGGCAACACUCCAGAGCAAUUAUUUCACAGGAAAAACCUUACUGUCUUCACUGAAGCUAUAGCCGGAACACGAGCUAGGGGUAAAACCGUGGGGGAGGACCUUCAAAUUGAGCAUGAGUUACUUCUAAGUUCCAAAGACCAGCUCGAGUUUUCAAUAGUGAGAGAAAGCAUUACAAGAAAGAUGGAGCUUAUAUGUGAUGAAGUCAUGAUAGACCCCAAGAAAGCAAUUCUGAAACUACCUAGAGUACAACAUUUGUAUGCCCGUAUGUCUGGCCAAUUAAGAAGUGCAGAUGAUGAGUUUCUUGUCUUGUCCUCUUUCCACCCUAGUCCGGCUGUUUGUGGAUAUCCCACUGAAGAGGCAAAAAAUGUAAUAGCAACAACAGAAAUGUUUGAUAGGGGAAUGUAUGCUGGUCCCGUUGGUUGGUUUGGAGGAAGAGAAAGUGAGUUUGCCGUUGGUAUCAGAUCAGCUUUGAUAGAGAAGGGUCUUGGUGCAUUAAUUUAUGCAGGAGCUGGGAUAGUAAAAGGUGCUGAACCAUCCUCAGAGUGGGAAGAACUUGAGCUGAAGGCUUCUCAGUUUAUGAAGAUAAUAGACCACGACAGGCCUCUGUCUAACUAUGUCAAAUCAGAUUUGUUGGACACAGUCAAUUGGAGCCGGUUAGACAUCAUACGUGCAAAAGAAUGAAUGAUUUGUGCAAACGUUCCAAUCCUUCGACAUUAGCUGCUUGAUUUGAGAUUUUAAUAAAGAUCAAUUCAUUUCUUGAUAUUGUCCGAUUUAGCUGACUUUAUUCUACUUGGUGAUCAGCAGGUUAACUCUGCUUCAUGAAUAAGAAAAGUAGAUUGAUUUUGUAA